AACAAUAUCUCCGCCCAAUGGUUGAGGAAUUGAAUGAUUUAAUAUCCAAUGGUUUAGACAUGCACGGUGAAAAUGUAGCCGUUAAGCUUUUGGCCAUAGUUGCUGACAAGCCGGCAAGGUCGUUUGUGAAAGGUGUUACUAGCCACACCGGCUACGGAAGCUGUUUAAAAUGUACUAUUGAAGGAGAGUAUGUGGGCCAUAAAGUUACAUUUGUCGGUUUAAAUGCUCCAAAACGAACAGACCAAGCAUUCAGAAAUGACGCUUAUCCCGGACACCGCAAAGUGUACACCCCUCUGUUGCACAUUCUAUUUUUCGACAUUAUUGAAGAUAUAUGUGUAGCAGAUCGGAUGCAUCUUAUUGACUUAGGAGCAACAAAGCGGUUGCUUCUGGGAUGGCGAGACGGUACAUUGGACAUAAAACGAUGGACGGAAAAACAAUGCGAACAGAUUUCUGAGGCUUUUCAAAAAGUACUAAAUGUUGGGCAGAGUAAUUUGCACAAAUAACAAGGAUAAGUUCAACAGAACAACAGAAAAAUAGUUUUAUUAAGCUAGACCGAUUAGCGCACGCUUUUGACAGUUGACUCGAAAGGGAACCAGUCAAAGGAUACUAAGAUGUAUCCGCGUGAUGGGAAGUUGCUAGUCUGUCAGAAAAGACAGUUGCUAUUGUCAGCCCUUGCAAUGGUGAAAAUAGCAUGGCACAUCUGUUGCUAUCACAACACUCCUCCUCAAGGGAUAGUGCCAUAUCCUUACUGCAGUCCCAACAUUCCCGAAAACUUUCGCUGCUUCGUAGCUCCUAAAGGUUUCGUGAGAAUGUCGGCUGGCAUAUCCUCCGUAGGACAAUACUCCAAAAUCAUUACUCCGCGAUUACACAGGUCCUUGAUGAAAUGCCCGCGAGUCUCAAUAUGUUUGGAGCGACGACUGGAUCGUUCAGAACUCACAAACUUCAUGCAACUCUGGUUGUCUUCCAGCAUUCGUGUGGG